CAAAAUUCUCGGAAUUCUGCGAUCUGUGUUGCUUUAGCAAGCGAAAAUAAUACGAUAAAAGAAAGUUUAUUUAGUAGGUUACCGUAUGAAAUGGCCGAACCCCCGAAAAGGAAACGGAGAGACUCCGAUACCAGUGGCAAUGAAGAUGAACAAGACAAAUUCGUUCCAUACGUUCCCGUGAAGGAAAGGAGAAAACAACAGUUGUUGAAACUUGGCCGCAUAGUUCAACUAACCGCGGAAGCAUCGAAUGUCCCGAAAUCUUCCAGCGAAAACGAGCAUGAUGAGGAGGAGACGGAAGAAUCCUGGGGCCGCAAAUAUAACAUCAGCUUGCUGGACCAGCAUACUGAGUUGAAGAAAAUUGCGGAGGCCAAAAAGAUCAGUGCCGUAGAGAAACAACUUAAAGAAGAAGAAAAAAUUCUGGAAAGCGUUGCCGAAAAGAAAGCGCUCAUGGGUGUCGCUGAGCUGGCCAAAGGUAUCCAGUAUGAAGAUCCUAUUAAAACGAGCUGGACACCACCACGAUACAUUUUAUCAAAAUCUAAAUCGCGUCACGAAAAAAUACGCGAAAAUCUUCGAAUCCUCACAGACGGAGAGGAUGUACCACCUCCGCUCUGCUCCUUCCGAGAAAUGAAGCUACCGAAGGCAAUACUUGCGGCGAUGGCGAAGCGCAAUAUUAAGAAACCAUCUCCGAUCCAAGUUCAAGGUAUACCUGCAGUGUUGGCCGGACGUGAUCUGAUAGGCAUAGCUUUCACAGGGUCGGGCAAAACGCUGGUUUUCGUGCUGCCCAUUAUUAUGUUCAGUCUGGAACAAGAGCUCAGGCUACCAUUUGCAUCCCGCGAAGGGCCGUACGGACUAAUAAUUUGCCCAUCUAGAGAGUUGGCCAAACAAACUCAUGACAUUCUACAAUAUUACUGCAGGCAUUUACAGGAAGCUGGUAUGCCCGAACUACGGAUAGUGUUGUCUAUAGGAGGCGUACCGGUCAAUGAUGCUCUUGCUAUCAUCCAACAAGGAGUCCACAUUAUGGUGGCUACACCGGGAAGAUUGAUGGAUAUGUUGGAUAAGAAAUUAGUCAACCUAGAUGUGUGUCGCUAUCUGUGUAUGGACGAGGCCGAUCGAAUGAUAGAUAUGGGGUUUGAGGAAGAUGUACGCACAAUAUUCUCCUACUUUAAAGGGCAACGUCAAACAUUGCUAUUUUCGGCUACAAUGCCGAAAAAAAUUCAAAACUUUGCCAAAUCUGCCCUCGUAAAACCGGUAACGAUCAACGUAGGACGCGCUGGUGCUGCUUCAAUGAACGUCACGCAAGACGUAGAAUAUGUGAAGCAGGAGGCAAAGGUUGUGUACCUAUUGGAAUGCUUACAGAAAACUCCCCCACCGGUGCUUAUUUUCGCUGAAAAAAAGCAAGAUGUUGAUGCCAUUCACGAGUACUUACUUCUGAAAGGCGUUGAAGCUGUCGCGAUACACGGUGGAAAAGAUCAAGACGAACGAUAUCGCUCCGUGGAAGGAUUCCGAAACCAACAAAAAGACGUUUUAGUAGCCACCGACGUUGCUUCCAAAGGUCUAGAUUUUCCGGAUGUUCAGCAUGUUAUUAACUAUGACAUGCCAGAUGAUAUCGAAAAUUACGUGCAUCGAAUUGGUCGAACGGGACGUUCUGGAUCCAAGGGGUUAGCUACGACGUUCAUCAACAAAGCAACCGAGCAGUACGUUCUGCUUGAUCUGAAGCACUUGCUGAUAGAGGCCAAACAAAAGGUUCCGCCAUUUUUGGGAGAGCUUUGUUCGGAAACUGAAAAAUAUGCUGACUUGGGAGAUGGUUGCAGUUACUGUGGUGGUCUUGGUCACCGCAUCACCGAGUGUCCCAAGCUGGAGGCUAUACAAAGCAAACAGGCUUCGAAUAUUGGACGCCGAGACUAUCUGUCCAAUACGGCUGCCGAUUACUAACAUGUCACUAUGUUGGAUAGACAAGGGUUUGAAAUAUAUUUAGUAUCGCAUUGUACAAA